CGGCGUGUUCCCAUAGAUACAUCCCAACAGAUGAGCUCCCAUGAUGCCUCGCCUACAUCGUGGAGGAACUACAGAGACCUGUUUGCCUUUUAUCAUCACCUGCUGCGCAGCGGUGCACACUAAGCGGGUGACUCUGCACAGUUUCCUCUGUGGCGGGUUGAAAUUCUGCAGAAGUUAUGGAUAGUUGUCAUUUAUAACGUAGGGAUACGUCGAGAGCUCUAUGCAUGUGGUCAUAUUUCUGUUCAGCAACCGCCUCCUUAACCUGUGAGCAGCGUUUUAAAUUGAACUCUCCAAACUGCUGACUACCUCGACAAUCUGCAUGCCGCUUUCACUUACGAUUAACCCUAAAUAUCUGGUCAGGAUGGACCAGCUCUAAUGCCAUUAUCAUGCCUCCUUCUCAGACAGCGAUGAGUUCGGAGAAGCCAAACUUUCUAUCACAGCCCGUCGUGAAGAGCGUUUUCAUGUUCCGCAAUGGUGAUCCUUACUACGAGGCUCGGCGGAUUGUGAUAAACCAAAAGAGGGUGUCCAACUUUGAGACUUUGCUGAGAGAGGUGACCGGCGGGGUACAAGCACCGUUUGGAGCGGUGAGAAACAUCUACACGCCGAGAGGAGGCCAUAAAGUAGACUGCUUGGAGAGUCUGAAGAGCGGGGAGCAGUACGUCGCUGCUGGGAGGGAGAAAUUCAAACGGCUGGAUUACCAACAAAUUGGCUCAAGAAGGAAGAGGAUGAUGCAGACCCUUCCAAUGCAGGCCAAACCGCUGCCGCAGAAUCGCAUCAUUGCAUCAGCUCGAUUCCUCAAACCCAUCAAGGAGCCAUGUACAAUAUUUGUGGCAGCAAACGGAGAUGUCUUGAACCCCACCAUGAGGCUUUUGAUCCACCAGAGGAUGCUUGGCCAGUUUGACAGAAUAUUAGAGAUGAUCACAGAGAAGAUGGGUUUGAGAGUCCUGGGCGGUGUCCGAAGUCUCUACACCUAUGAAGGCCACCAGGUGACUGAUGGGAACCAGCUGGAGAGUGGUCAGCUUUAUGUGGCUGUAGGAAGAGAAAAGUUUAAGAAGCUGCCCUACAGUGACCUGCUCUUCACCAAACCCAGAGGGAUACGGAGGGUCAAUGGAAUGAAAGCUUACUCUCUGCCACCUAUCUACAGGUUCUCCAAGCAGAAUGGAAAUGGUAAGUCGACGAUCCGUAGCAGCGAUAGUGCAGAUGGAGACUCCAAGGACUCUCCUCCGCGCCAUAAUGGCAGCAACAAGGAGCAUCUGUCCUCCAUCGUCAGAGAGAUCUCUCAGGCCAGACUCAUCUCCCUCCGGAAGAAGAAGAGUGGACAAAGCAUGACCCUCAGCAUCUCUGAUAAUGCUGACUCUGAAUCAAAGGCUGAUGAUGGAAAUACUGAGGACAAAACCCCUCAAGACCAGCUGGCCGAAGCGAAACCUGCAGAUGAUGAUACAAAAGCUGCAGAGGAGAGCUGUGAAAAGGCAGAAGAGAGUGAGGAGGCUGCUGCUGAACACACAACAGAAGACACUUCCACUAAAAAAGAGGAAAAGGAGGAAAACCAGGAGACAAAUGGUGAAGAAGAGAAACCUGCAGAUGAUGAUACAAAAGCUGCAGAGGAGAGCGGUGAAAAGGCAGAAGAGAGUGAGGAGGCUGCUGCUGAACACACAACAGAAGACGCUUCCACUAAAAAAGAGGAAAAGGAGGAAAACCAGGAGACAAAUGGUGAAGAAGAGGUAGGGGAAGAGAAGAAGGAAAGUGAUGAGCAAAAUGCUGUUAAACAGGGGGAGGCAGUAGCAGGAUCUGAGGAGAAGGAAGAGGAGGUAGAAGGAGAAGUGAAAGAGGAGGUUAGGAGUGAGGAGCAGGGGUCCAGCAGUAGUAAUGGUGAUAAGAUCCAGGACAGUAUAGAGAAAGAGGAUGGAAGCCAUACCUCUUCUGAGCAUGAAAAGGAUGAGCAAGAGAAAAAUACAGAGGAAGAGAAGCAAGAUAAAGACAGCGGAAGGACGGAGAAAAGCAGUGAGGAGCAAGUUAAUGAUGGAGAGGAGGGUGAGAAACAGAAAGAGACAGAAAACAGCAACGACCAAGAGAAGACUCAGUCAGAUAACGAGACAAAAGAGAACAAUAACAGCAGGAGCAGUAGUAGCAACAGUUACCAGGAAGAAGAUCUAAGCAAAACAAAAGAGGGAGCUACCAAAGAGUCAGAAGAAGAGGAGAAAAAUGUGAAUGGAGAGGUCAGUGGAGAAGAUGAUGAGGUGGAAAGUGAAGCAGAGCUGGACAUGGAGGAGGAAAAUUCAGCCAGUCAAAAAGAUGCCACAGUGAAUGGAGAUAAAGGGGAGGAUGGAGAUUCAGACAGUCAAGAUAAAAGCAAGAAAGAGUCGGAUUAGGAAGAAAGAGGAAAACAGAUAUUGAAUGAGCCAUGCUAAAUACAGUAAGCAAUACUUUAGAACACAAUGUACAAAUAUUGAAGGUUUCAGAGUGAAUUUGCAGACAGAAAAUCAAGACAUAUCCACAAAUAUUUCACUGGAUGGCCUUGUAGAAUCUGCACUGAUAGGAAAGCAGUGUCACAGUGUUGAGCAAGUGAUAGAAGCUUUCAAUGGCUGGCUGCUAAAUGAUGCCGAGUAUAAAAACACCAUCAAAAUUUCAGGUAUGUAUUCAAAGGCUAUUUAUCAAAACAUUGUUCAUAAGUAUCAGGUUUGAAAGAGACAAAACAAAUAAAACCUAUAGUUAUAUACUCUCUAUUUUUCAUUAAGGCACACUCUUAUCUCUCUGACUGCUUUAUUUUUCCAGUAUACGCUUGCCUGUAAGCACUGUAGUGUGUGAUGCUGGGAAAUUGAAAUAGAGUUACAGACAUACAUCAAAUGUUUUAAAAAAUGUAAGUUCAUUUUUAACAGGCAUAGUUACACUAGCUAACUGUUUUAGAGGUGGCUUUUGUAUGUAUGGUGUUUUUAAUUUAUUUCCCAAAGCAAGUGAUGCAGAUGAACUUUAUAAGUACAAUAAGCUAUGUGUAAUAUUGUAAGCAUACUGUAUGUACCCGAAUGUUCCGCUAAGUUGAGCCUUUUUUGUGAAGUUAUUCUAACUCAUAAUCUUUCAUUAUGUUGUCAAUAUACUGUACAUCUAAUGUAUGCAUACUUCAAUAGAAUAUAACAGAAAGUUGGUUAGGUGCCUUUAAAAGAUAUUUAAAUAAAACAGACUUUGCUCCAUUUCUUUAUCCCUGUCACUUCAUUACAAAAUAACUUCAGUCUGUAUUAAUAACCCUUUUUGGCAGUGAAUUUCGUAAGCAUGGACUUUGGGCUGGUCAAAUUGAACAACAUUUGUGGAUUUAUAUUUUUAUUAACUGUUGUUACUGCCUGUUUGGUAAGUACUUUUUUAUUUCAAAGGGUUGUUCUUUCACAACAGCUUGAUUAUUGCAAUUAUGUACUUUGCUAUCAUUUAGGAGAUGUAAUGACAAAUGUAUUGAGUCAAGAAAAGAAUUUUAGCAUUUACACUUAAAGUAGUAACCUUUCAUUA